CCAUAAAACAUCGAGUGCUGAAAGCGAAAUUUUCUACAUUUCAGUUUUGUGUUUAACGUACGCGUAUAAAGACGUAGUAAAGAAAGAAAAGCUCCUCAAACGAUCCUAAAGAAUCUCAAUUGAAUUUUUCUCUGCACCUCUAAAGCAUUUAAAAAAGAGCUUCAAAUAUGUCUCACUCCGUGACAAUCACCAGAACAACCACCAGCACCACAAAUACAUCGUAUAUUGUACUUAAUACGGGAUAUCUGAAGUCAUUUUCCGGAAUCUUGAAAUUGUUCGAAUUGUUACUUGGAAUCGCCACUGUUGGCAUCUUCGGCUACUAUUGGAAUGGCUCUGCCACCAAUGCUGAGAUCUUCUUCUUCCUCAUGGCCACGACAUUCCUGAUAGGAACAUUUUGUCUUCUACUAGCCUGCUUAACAUCGCUCAGUACGGGCGGCAUUAUUGCGAAAACCAUCUAUGAACUCAUCUACCACAGCAUUGCGGCAAUUUUGUUGUUAGCCGCUUCCUUAACUCUUGUUAUCCAUCUGAAAGACAGACGUUACCGAUAUGGUAACCAAUACGAGAGUUAUAUGGCCGGCGGUAUUAUUGGACUCGUAAAUGCCGUCUUGUACUUCAUCAGCGCAUUUUUGGCACACCGAUCAUACCGUGGCAUCUAAGUUUGAUGAACGAAACGAAGCGGAGAAAUUGCCCUUCGUGGACUGGAGGAAGUUUUUAAAGGUGUUCACGGCUGCAAUGCGUUUAUUUUUCUAUGACGAUAAUUUAAGUUAAACUAAGUUUAAGAUUUAUUUAAAUGUUUGUUAAGCACACAGAAUCACAUAAAUUUUUUUAUCUUAAAAAAUAAGCAUCUUAACAGCCAUAAAUUGCGCACGCGUGCACGAGUACAAGUGGGAACAGAACAAUUAAACGAAAGAGAAGAAACCAAAAAUGUUUGCUAACAACAAAACGAAUUAUUUUUUUUUUCUGUUUACAGUUAAGUAAUAUAUAUAUAUAUAUAUAUAAUAUUUGUCAAAAUACUUUUGUAAG